AUAAGCAAGUCAUGCAUCUUUGUCCUCUUUGUAUAAGUAUAAAUCAACAACAAGAUGAAAUGGUGAACAAACUACUUGAAAACACUAUCUCAAAGCUAAUAGUCGUUGAUUGUUGAACUCCAUCAUCCAAUGGCUUCUUCAUCGAAACCCAAGAGGAAUUACGAUGUCUUCCUGAGUUUCAGAGGUGCGGAUCUGCGCAAGAAUUUUGUUAGUCAUCUCUACACAGCUUUAAACCAAAAUGGAGUAUACACUUUCAUCGAUAGUGAGGAAUUAAGGAAGGGAGACCAAAUAUCGGCGGCACUUAUGAAGACAAUCGAGGAAUCACGCAUCGUGAUCAUCAUUUUCUCCAAGGAUUACGCUUCCUCGACGUGGUGUUUGGAAGAGGCAGCAAAAAUCAUGGAGUGCAAGGAGCAAAGAGACCUCAUGGUCUUUUCAGUGUUUUACAAAGUGGAACCCAAAGAAGUAAAAACACCAAGAGAGAGUUACAAUGAAGCUAUGGUUAAGCAUGAAUUCAAGUUUGGGAAAGAUUCGGAGAAAGUGAAGAGAUGGAAGAAAGCUCUUUCUGAUGCCGGUGACUUGUUCGGAUGGCAUUUGAAUGAGGGAGACGAGUCAAAGCUUAUACAAGAAAUUGUGAAGGAGAUCUCAACUUACCUAGCCCAAACAUAUUUGCAUGUUGCUAAGCAUCCUGUUGGGAUAGAUUCCCGAGUGGCUGAGCUGAAAUCGAUGUUAAACCUUAAGUCUCAUGAGGAUGUUGUGAUGGUGGGAUUAUGGGGACAAGGAGGCAUCGGGAAGACAACUUUAUCAAAAGCUCUUUACAAUGCUAUUUUUAGACAAUUUGAUGGUUCAUGUUUCUUGGCAAAUGUUCGAGAAGCUUCAAAAAAUUCCAAUGAUUUAGUUUCGUUGCAAGAAAAAUUACUACAUGAGAUUUUAUCAUUGCAACAAAAAUUAGAAGUGCCCAGUGUCGAUAGAGGUAUUAUUCUAAUACAACAUAGACUCUGUCACAAAAAAGUUCUCCUUUUCCUUGAUGAUGUGGAUGACUUGGACCAGUUAAAAGCUUUAGCAGGAGGAUGCAAUUGGUUUGGUAAUGGAAGUAAGAUCAUUGUUACUACAAGGGAUAGGCAUUUGCUAACUUAUCAUGGGAUUGAUCAAGCUCAUGUGUAUGAAGUUAAAGCAUUGGAUAAUAAUGAAGCUUGUGAGUUGUUUAGCAAUCAUGCCUUUUCGACACACCAAAACAUAGAGAUCAGGACAGAUUUGGUGAGUAAGUUUUUGAAUUACGUUAGAGGCCUUCCUUUAGCAAUUGAGGUGCUGGGUUCCUUCUUGUGUGGUAGAAGAGAACAUGAAUGGGAAAGUACACUAAAGAAACUUUCCAGAGUUCUUAACAGUAAAAUCAAUGAUGUGCUCAAAAUAAGUUAUGAUGGACUAGAGAUAAAUGAGAAAGAGAUUUUUCUUGACAUUGCCUGCUUCUUUAAGGGGAGGAAUAGUAAGUAUGUAAAGAAAGUUCUUGAUAGUUGCGAUCUUGCGGCAGCAAUAGGAUUAGAAGUUCUCAUUGAGAGGUCUUUGAUAAAAAAUGAGAGGUCUUUGAUCGAAAAUGAGUAUAUCAUAGAAAUGCAUGACUUGAUUCAAUCCAUGGGUAUGGGGAUUGUGAACCAAGAAUGUCGAGAUAAUCCUAGGAGAUGCAGUAUACUAUGGCAGUAUGGUGAUGUUUUCGAUGCUUUGUCAAGUGAUGAGGGAGAUUCCGCUAUAAAAGCCAUAGUAUUGGAGCCACUUAAGCAGAAAGAGCUAAGUAUCCAUCCGAAUGCUUUUCAAAAAAUGAGAAGGUUGAGAUUGCUCAUUGUACACAAUGUGUAUAAUUCUUUUGAAGGCCCUAUAUUGCUUCCAAAUGAGUAA